AUGGUUCGCGGAUUGAAGAAGAAGUUGAAUACGGCCCCAGCAGGAGGAUCCGUUGUAGGAUACAGCAGUGGGGUGUUUAAACAGUUUCAAGAGUCGUUGAUGACUUCGUGGAAGGCAUAUAAUAAUGAUAUCCAGUCGGACACGAGAUUACGUGUGAUUGAUACUUUUUGUCUUGGGCUCGUGGUUAUGGGUAUGGUGCAGAUGGCUUUUAUGCUUGUGUUGAGAGACACAUUUCCCUUCAAUGCGUUCUUAGCUGGGUUUAUUAGUUGUGUGGGGCAGUUUGUGCUGUUGAUUUCUUUACGAUUGCAAACAGCUACGCCAUUUAAAGGAAUAUCUAGACAGAGAGCUCUUGGCGAGUUCAUUUUUGCUAGUCUGGUGUUACACUUUAUCUGUAUACAUUUUAUCAAUUGA